GCAGCAGGCUGCGGGCGGAGCGGGCAGCGCGGAGCCUCCGCCGGCGCGGGGCAGCGCGGAGCGGCAGGGCUCGGGUCGGCACGGCCCGGCCCGCCUGCAUGCGGCGGCGGCGGAGCGGCCGGGCGGGAUGAACGGCUCGGCGGCGGGCGGCGGCACGGCGGUGGCGGGGCUGCUAGCGGGCACCGGGAGCGCGGCGCUGGAGCUGGAGCGGGCGCUACGCUGCUGUACCGCCGCCUCCGUGGUGACCGACGGCGGCGGGGCGGCGGCGGCGGACGAGCGGAGCCUGUACAUCAUGCGAGUGGUUCAGAUCGCCGUCAUGUGCGUCCUCGCCCUCACCGUCGUGUUCGGCAUCUUCUUCCUCGGCUGCAACCUCCUCAUCAAGUCCGAGGGGAUGAUCAACUUUCUGGUCAAGGAUCGGCGCCCGUCCAAAGAGGUGGAGGCGGUGGUGGUGGGGCCGUACUGACCGCCGCGCCGCGCCCCGCUCCGCGCCCGCCCACCCCGACGGCGCGGCCCCGGGGGAGGCCGGCCCGAGGCCCCGCUCCCAGUUGACUGCACAGCAGCCAUCCUCCGUUCAGACAUGACUGUUUGGUCUGUUGGUUUUAUGUGAUGUUAUUCCUCCUUAAACACAACAGCAAACGAGCCCCGAGAACCCGAAGCCGGUGAGACGUGCGGGGCCGCCCGGCGUGCGCUGUCCCCGGAGCCGCCCGCCCCGGCCUGCGGGGCGCCGAAGUAAAACCGUGCUCUGAUGGCAACAGCCGCCGGGGUUGCCCGAGGCCGGAGGAGGCGGCUCCCGAGCGCGGCGGGAUGGUCGGCGGGACCCGGCGCUCCCCGCGGUACCAGCUGUGGCCGGGGAAAUAACCCAGGAGACGCCGCCGUAUCCCCCUGUCCGGGUCUGACCCUGGAAAACCGCUACACGUACCAGUUAUGAGCCCAGCCGCAAGCCUCACCAACAGGUGACUUGUCACAGUCACAUUUAAGGGAGGGAGAAAUUUAUGCCGGCACAGGGUUUUGGGUUUUUUUUCCUCUCCAUCCAUUUCCUCUGCAGGGAUCACAGAGCAUCUGUCGAUGAGAGGUUAGUCAGCUCCCCGAGGGCUUGCACUGGUUGCUAGUGAUAAAUCAAUGUAACCACAUUUGCUGAAGAAGGAGUGGAACUGGUGUAAGCACUUGCCUGGGAGCACAGAAGUGGGACUGGGGCAAAAAGGCUCAGGCAACCUGCCUGGGAGAAAAUACCUCUCGUGACAUCCGAAGUCCUGCAGUAAGACUGUUAAUUGUCAGUAUUUUAAAUGCUGAUGGGAAUUGGGAAGUUUUCCAGAGAAGCCAUGCAGAUUUAAGGCUACUUGGUUUUCCCUCAGUUUAUCGCAAGCUGCAUGAAGAUGGCCAAGCUACCAAAUCAUUAGAGACAACUUUAGGAGAUGUUCUCAGAAGUUUCCAUUGUGAUAGACAAGGUGAAAAUCUGCAUUUACAAAAGGCACCUGAGUUAGAAGGAGCUGAAAUAAAGCUGCAGUCUGAGGCCACCAUUGAACUGUGGAUAAACUUUUGGUAGAAAACGAGAUAAACCAGAGUAUCUCAGCGUAGUCCGAUUCCCUCACACAAGCAGAAAUCACAGCCGUGUCCUCGCUCAUUUACAGCUACAUUUAAGGGAAAGACAAAGAACAGAUCUUCCUGUUCUCUGGGAUGCAAAUAUGCUGUGGACUUUGUCAUUACAUCAAAAUAGAUGUUACAAAGCCAUCUAUCAGCUCAAACAUUGUUGGGAAAUUUAACCCUUAAUUUUUUUUACCCCUUAAUGCAUUAGAAACAUUGAAUAAAGGAGAAUUUUAAGAUAGUACAAUAAGAGGGAAAACUCUUAAUAUAGAUGUUGCAGUCAUUGCAAAGCAUUUCCGCCUUUUUAAUUUGCAUCCCUUUGUGGUAUUGCAGGUAACACAAUCAGUCCUGUAAUCUGACUUGCAAGGAGUGCACUUCAUGUUUGAGCCAUUUUGAAAGCUAGAUACAUUAAGCAUUCUUCAUUAAUUUUAGUGAGCACUUGAAGUAUAAUACAUUUUGAUUAACCUUUGCCAGAAGCCACAGCUUUUUCCAACAUCAUAAAUCUGGCGUGGCAAACUCCUAGUUAUGUAAUAAAACUGCCGAAUUUUCAACCUCAGCCUAAGAGAGGACACAGCCUGCUGCCCCUCGCCUAAGGAUCCUGCACAAGACCAGACACAUUCACUGAAGACAGCAAAGAAAGCCUGAGCUCUUCACGAUUAAGCAUAUCCGUCAAUUUGGCCACCAGUGGCUUGGGACCUAUUCCACAGUUAUGGACAUAUUUUUGGCACAUGGAAAAGCAAUGUCAUGAGCACAUGAUAUGAAAAAUACACAAAGCAAUAUAUCACUAUUAUUUGCUUUAUUCUAUCAUAAUCAGGUUAGGAAUUCCCCACCCCCAACCUGCUUCUAUUUCAGAAGUGUCUCCAGGGAAGCAGUCUGUAGAAACGUAAUGGCCCAUCAAACCCACGACAGCUGUGUGCAGCAGCUACAGCAAACCUGUCCACCAUGGCGAAGGAGAUGGAGCAGCACAGUGCUGGGAUGAAGGAGAUGGAGUGGCACCGCACCAGGAUGAAAGAGACAGAGUAGACAUGAAGGAGAAGGUGCUGGCAGGACCUUGAGAAGGCAGGGGAGUUGUUGCCCACCAUUGCCGCCCAUUGUCCUGUGUCCAUUGCACUGUGCUCUCCUUUUGUUACUGCCAUCUCCUCAGUGUAAAUUCUUUUUUCUUUCAUUUUUUCUGUUUUAAUUUCCAAUCACAGCAAAUGCAGUCAGAAGAAAACCGACGCCCGUUUGAGCUGGUAUCUCCCAUGGGCUUAAAAGAAUGGAACUGCCUACUUAUGUUAAGGGAUAAUAUGAUGGGGAUAUAAGAGCAGAAGGAAUGUCUUUGCCCUCACCACCUCCCUGGGAAAGCGAGGCCUGAGUUCUUCCCCUGCUCCCAGAGCUGAAGUGAUGAGCACAAGGCUUCACCCACAGACGCUGGACCUAAAAGAAAGUUAGGGAUUAUUUUACACUGUGAAAAAUGUAAAUGUACUUGCACAAAAAAUCUCAGGUUAGUUUUGUGCUUUAUUUGCAAGCAUACCAUGAAACAAAUAACAAAUUGGUAGUCCCCACUCUGGUUUGUUCCUGGAUGAGGAAAGCUGGUGUGUAAAUUCCACUCAAAUACCAAUGACAAACUAGCAAGUGAGAGGAAGAGCAACAAAAAUCACCAGGUACGUGGGAAAAAUUAUGAAGAAAAAAAUACGCAUAAAAAAACCCUAAAGUCUUGGACAAAGAAAAUGGAAAUGAGUGCCAGAUGCGUGCUAUACAUCUACAAGACAACCUGAUGGGGCAGGAAAUUUAGGAGAUGAGCUCUCUCCGGAAAAGAUGGGCUGGGCUGGAAGAGGCCAAAAUGGAAUAGAGCAAUUUUGCUGCUUUGUAAGAAAAGUCUUGAAAAUGAGAGAUGUUAGGCUGUGGAUUCAUCUCUAAAGGGAAGAUAUAAAAUUUAUAUUAUUGAUGAAUUUUACUCUAAACUUGAGAAUAUAUUCCCUAUAAGAUACUGCUGCAUUCACAAGAAGCUGGACCUUUAUACCACCUCUCCAUCACUGUCUGAAGAAAUUCCCUGGUUAAGCUAAUCACUAUCACUGAAGCUAUACGAAUGAAAAGUGCUAAUCAUGUUGUAAAUAUUAACUACAUGUAAGAACUACCAAAAAUUACCAAGCAAAGAAAACAAGCUGAAUUACACUCAGCAAUUUCAGGAAGUGGAGAAAAAAAAGAAAAGCAGUUUUCUUUAAUUCAUCCACCUGCAGAAGACUACUGGCUGUUUGACUGCAAGGGAGACAUUUCAAAUCCUGUUACCCAGCAGGGCAUUUGUGUGUGUGUAAUGGAACUGCCACUCAAAGCUUUCAAAAUAUGUAUUCAAUGAUUCACAAAUCCAUGAUGGAGUGAGUCCAGAUGAGGCCACAAAGAUGCUUCAAGGGCUGGAGCACCUCUCCUGUGGAGAUAGGCUGAGAGAGCUGGGCUUGUUCAGCCUGGAGAAGAGGAGGCUCCGGGGAGACCUUACAGCAGCUCUCAGUGCCUAAAGGGGCCAAUAAAAAAGCUGGAGAGGGCCUUCUGACAAGGGCAGGUAGUGACGUGACAAGGGGGAAUGGUUUCAAAAUUACAGAGGGUAGAUUUAGAUUAGAUUUUAGGAAGUUCUUCCCUGUGAGGGUGGGUGAGACACUGGCACAGUUUGCCCAGAGAAACUGUGGCUGCCACAUCCCUGGCGGUGUUCAAGGCCAGGCUGGAUGGAGCUUUGAGCAACCUGGUCUAGUGGAAGGUGUUCCUGCCCAUGGCAGGGGGAUUGGAACUGAGUGAUCUUUAAGGUCUCUUCCAACCCAAACCAUUCUAGGAUUCUAUGAUUCAAACUUUCAUUAAAAUCUCCACAUGGUUAAUGAAAGCUACAUCACCCCUUCCCUUUGCCAAAUAUAAACUUAGGGCUGCCGAAGAGCACGUACCCAAGAUCACUGAGAUUUUUCGGAGCUCUCCUCCCAGAUGAGCCUUCAUUGCCAUCAUAAACAAACCACCCCUUUGUCUUACAUUGUUACAAGGGGCAGAAAGAUUGGACUGACGCUUGUUCAUUUGCAGAGAAAUGACCUACUUCUAAUGAACCUCACUCCCCAUUCUAUUGUACUGAUAUUAAGCCCAUCAGCAAAUACUCCCAAGUUCCAGGUCCCUGGUUUUCUCUGGGUGCAAGCAUCCAUGGCAUUCCUAUGACAUGUUAGAAGAGAGGAAAUCAUGCAUUAUCUUAAGCAAUUCUACUCUUUGCGCACUCCAUGUACUUGCUAUCACUUUUUCUUCUUUUCAAAUGGUGCACCAUGACCAUUGUUAUACAUAAAUAACACCUUGAACUUGAACAAAGCAUAUCCACAGGAUAUUCUGUAAGUGAGAAAUAAAUUACUUUAGAAAAAAAAAAAGAAAUAUAGCACUAUUGGAAAAUGGAGCACAGCAGGUGUUAGCUAAUGAUACCUAACAUUUGUUGUAUCUUGGACAGAAAAUGAAAAUACAUAUAUUAAUUAAAAGCAGGCUUUAGGGAAAAUAUUAUUAACAUGUGCUAUAAUAAAAGCUGAAGGCUUCCAGGAAGAUCCAUUGUACUGUGGCAGGGGGCUGUUCAGUUAAUUUGGGUGGCUGUUCAGUUAAUUUGAUUAAAUGCACAGGGCUUGGUGAGACGUGGAACAGCAGGUCAUUGCGAUGAGAGAGGGCUAAGAAGCAUGGGACCUUGCAGGGAACUUGGGAGACUUAAUGUAUUUGGGAUUUGGGCAAGAUUUCACCCUCUAACUACAUGCCACCAUUUAAAUAGACACUAUUUAUCCACCCUCAAUGAACAGAUUGCAACCCCACACUCAGUCCAGCAACUUUCCUAGAUCAAAGAAAGGUGUAUAAAGGAAGAAAAAUACAAUUUUGUAUAUUGUACCUAGGCUCUCUCAAUGCUGGUGAGUACUGCCUGUGGCAUGGAUUGUACCUGUGGGAGACCAGUCGUACCCAUGGAAGGUGUGAAGUUAAACUGUAAAAACACUUUUAAUAAAAGAUUGCUGCCAAGUA